AUGGCCUUGUAUUUUGGAACGGAUGAUAGAAUAAAAAUAUCUAGAACAUCAAUGUACUGUGAGGAUCAAAUGAGUGAACAAUUACUCGUCGAUAUUAAAGAGUUCGACCAAGUACAACAACAACAAUUUAGGAAUAAUAAUGAUGAUAAUGACGAUGAUUUGAAAGAAAUCUUACCACCAAUAACUGUAUUUAAUUCUGAUCUGAAAGAAAAUUCAAUUAAAAAUUUAAGUAAAGAAUCAGUUGUUUUCAUUUGGUUUCAAAUGUUAAUUGAAAUUUUACUUCAAAUGGAGCAUACACAUGAAACAACUAAUGAAAUGUUAGAUGAAUGUCGGAGAUAUUAUUUUGAAGUGGAUAAAGAAUUAACAAAAGUACUGCCAGAUUUGAUAAAUCCACAAGCUUGGAUCUAUAUUCAUUCAAAACUUAUCGAAAAAGUAUGUGUUAAUCUCGUAUUCUGAAAUGGAUAGUAGUUAUUAUCUUACAUCUGCUAUCAUGGUACAUAUUGGCUAGGUAUGCGCGAAGUCUCCUCUGAUUACGGUAAUGGUUUACAUUAAAAUAAGAAAGGAAGAAUUGCUCCGUAAAACUUAAAAAAUGGUUUACUACUUCUAUUAAUUGUAAGGUAGUCUGCUCUCUUCAUUUCAAAAAUACUUUACAAAACUAUUUAAUAUAUCCUGGAAAUAUAUUCCCAUCAAAUAAUUUUGCUCUUAUCGCGUAAUUAUUAAAAAUAACUCAUCAAAAUAUUCAAAUGUCAAUAUUCAAACGUGUUAAAACGGCGAUUUAGCGAUCACUGUUCUGUUUCGUAUAGCCAAAUCAUAUGCAAAUACGAUGCCAUAUCAUGUAUCACUGAAAUAUAUGAUACAUUUGCUGAGAAAUUUUUCUAAAUUUUUCUCUUGCUGUAAUUUAUUGUAAGAGACUAUUAUCGACGCCAAAAAACACUUUCCUUGGCUAUUUCUUAAAUAACUUCUGAUAAAAAAGUAAUAACGAUCUGCCGUUUUCAGAUUCUGAAAAUAGACACUUUCCCACAACUUUUACUGAGUAAAUGAAACUCCUCGGAAGAUCCUGUU